AUGGCAUCAGGUAGAUCAACAAUCAUUCGGCCUCCGCCGGAUGACCGUAACAAGAGUCCAAUGGAGAACGUAUUGGAGGUGACGGAGCUCGGCGUGCUUGGUCCGGACAUCUUCACUAACACGCGCACGCCGUGGCACCCGCCCGGCGCCCGUGGCAUCUUUGGCGGCGCCGUCAUCGCCCAGUGCCUCGCCUCGGCGCAAAAGACGGUGCCAAACGACUUUUUUGUGCACUCGUGCCACUGCUACUUCCUGCUCGCGGGCUCCUCCGAAAUCCCGAUCCUCUUCCACGUGGAGCGGGUCCGCGAUGGCCGGUCCUUUGCCACGCGCACCGUGCAAGCCCGCCAGCGCGGCCGGUGCAUCUUCACGACGACCGUCUCCUUUGUCAAGGAGGGCAGCGGCGGCGAGAAGCAGGUGCGGCACGCGGUCCCGCUUCCGGACGGCGUGACGGCGCCCCCGGACAACUGGAAGGGCGAGCCCGAGUGGAGCACGCACUCGCCCUUCCAGACGCACCGGAUCUCCAUUGUGGGGUCCGGGGACCAGGGCAAGCGGCUCGACGAGUUCAAGUCGCGCAACUGGGUGCGCGCGCGGGGCCGCAUCUCUGUGAGCGGCGGGCACCAGGCGCACCUGAACGCGCUGGCGUACAUGUCGGACAGCUACUUCAUCGGCACGGUCGGGCGGAUCCACAGGCUGUGGCGGUUCCCGUUCAAGCCCGAGGAGUUUGACGACCUGCCGCCCGAGCUGCGGGAGGAGGUGGAGCGGCUCAACGAGUUUGAGGGCAACGCCGCGGCGGGCGGGAUCGAGUACUGGAAGACGAGGCCGCACCUGGGCAUGAUGGUCAGCUUGGACCACUCCAUUUACUUCCACGAGCCGCGGCGGGUGAGGGCGGACGAGUGGAUGUUUACCGAGAUGGAGAGUCCUUGGAGCGGCGACGGGCGGGGGGUGGUGCUGCAAAAGAUUUUUGCGAGUGACGGGACGCUUUUGGCGACGUGUGUUCAGGAGGGCGUCGUUCGGUUGAAGCAGGAGGAGGAGGAGGAAAAGGAGCCAAAGGCCAAGUUGUAG